AUGGAGGGCGCCCCGGAGAGCGAGAGGGAGAACUUCUCAUGGCUUGCGCUCGACGAGCUUGAUGGCGGUAUGUCACUUCUAUACUCUGAACAUCUCCCUCAAUCACUCGAGCCCUCUGUCAACCUUCUGCCGGUUCUGUCACCCCUUCAUCCUCUGUCACACACCCUGUCUGGCGGCUCCUCUUCUACCUCCACCUCGUUUCCCGGGACACCUGUGCGACCGCUCACUCCACCGGGUCUACCGCUUGAACGUACGCUCUUACCGGAGCAAAUCCCACUGCUAUCCUGGAGACGCGAUGUGAAGCAGUGCUUCGAAGUCCAAUGUCCGCGCUGCGACGCAUGGAUUCGCACCGGAGCGAAGUUAAAGCCUUCUCUGAAGCCUCUCGAAGCUCACAUGCAGGGACGCCGAUGCAAUCCCUCCGCCGUCCUCGAAGCGCGCGUGCGUACCGAGGCACAGCUUACACGCAAAGCGAUGUUACCGCAACCUGGCUCGGCUUCGUCUUCAACGGCCUAUAAUCCCAUCCCGUCAUCCUACGUCGUCCCCCGGCCAGAGCAGGUUGCGGUCAUGCAGUCUGCGCCGGCGGCGGCUUUUCCAUCACUCGGCCUCGGCACGUUCAUCCCCACGAACUACGGUAAUGCAUACAACUUUAUGUCCGCACCACCGACUGGAGCCAACGACUCGAAGUUCAAGCUCGUCGCUGGUGAACAUAUACUGAAGGCGAUGCGUGGAGUGCACGAGGAACUGCACGGGCUACGGAUCGUUCCAUCCGAGUUCCCGUGCGGCUUCUGCGGACGGCCCGAGCGGCUGAGCGAGUGCCCGUACUACAAAUUGUUCUUUUAUCAGCCGAGCCUCAAGUCGUCAGGAACGACACCGUGCACAAAUGUACCGAUUGUAUGCAAGAUUCCCGGCUGCAAAGCGGAAAAAGACGGGAACUGGAGCGCUGUAUGGAAGUACAAUAUGCGUGAGCAUAUCCGCGUUUUUCAUCCAUCCUAUAGCCUCGACAACGUUGGGUUGGACACGCUGAUACCGCUUCCACAAGCGACCCUCCAUGAUAUGUACAUCUCAGACGAAGAGGAGCGGGGUCUGAGAAUACCAGAGACCAAUGUUCCAUAUAAGCCACCCCUCCCCCCUCUCGAGUCCGACGCGGCGACCUCAGGUACAACUUCUGCGCCUUGGAAGGCUACAGGCUUCGGGGCCGGAGCCAAGCGUCGACGUUUGCGGGGACCAUAG